GCUCCGCCCCGCUGGAAGCGCCGCCGCGAUGUCCGCGCUCAGCGCCGGCCGGCUGCUCAGGACCCUGGUUUGGCCCGGCUGGAGGUCGUGCUCCAGCACACCUGCCCAAAAUGUGCAGCUGAACAAGCCUGGGAACGGCUUCAGCUUUGAACUGACAGAUGAGCAGAAAGAAUUCCAAGCUACUGCCCGGAAAUUUGCACUGGAGGAAAUUAUUCCUGUUGCUGCAGAGUAUGACAGGACUGGCGAGUAUCCAGUGCCACUCAUUAAACGGGCCUGGGAGCUCGGGCUGAUGAAUUCACACAUCCCAGAGAGCUGUGGUGGGCUGGGGCUGGGCACCUUCGAGGCAUGUCUGAUCACAGAGGAGCUGGCAUACGGAUGCACUGGGGUGCAGACAGCCAUCGAGGCCAAUUCCCUGGGGCAAAUGCCCGUGAUCAUCGCUGGGAAUGAGCAGCAGAAGAAAAAAUACCUGGGCAGGAUGACAGAGGAGCCUCUGAUGUGUGCUUACUGUGUGACAGAGCCGGGUGCUGGCUCGGAUGUGGCCGGGAUCAGAACGCGGGCGGAGCGGAAAGGGGACGAGUACGUCAUCAACGGGCAGAAGAUGUGGAUCACCAACGGCGGGAAGGCCAACUGGUACUUCCUGCUCGCCCGCACUGAUCCUGACCCCCGAGCUCCAGCCAGCAAAGCCUUCACGGGCUUCAUCGUGGAGGCCAACAGCCCUGGCAUCCAGAUUGGCAGGAAGGAGCUGAACAUGGGCCAGCGCUGCUCGGACACGCGCGGGAUCGUCUUUGAGGACGUGCGCGUCCCCAAGGAGAACGUGCUGAUCGCGGAGGGCGCCGGCUUCAAGAUCGCCAUGGGCGCCUUCGACAAGACCAGGCCCCCAGUGGCAGCGGGGGCUGUGGGGCUGGCGAGGCGAGCGCUCGACGAGGCCACCAGGUACGCGCUGGAGAGGAAAACCUUCGGGAAACCCAUCGUGGAGCACCAGGCCGUGGCAUUCCUGCUGGCAGAGAUGGCCAUGAAGGUGGAGCUGGCCCGGCUGGGGUACCAGCGAGCCGCCUGGGAGGUGGAUGCCGGCCGCCGCAACACCUUCUACGCCUCCAUCGCCAAGGCCUUCGCCGGGGACGUCGCCAACCAGGUGGCCACUGAUGCUGUGCAGAUCUUUGGGGGCAAUGGCUUCAACACAGAAUAUCCUGUGGAGAAGCUCAUGAGGGAUGCCAAAAUCUAUCAGAUCUACGAGGGCACGGCACAGAUCCAGCGAGUGAUCAUUGCCCGUGAGCACCUGGGCAGACACAAGGCAUGAGGGAUGCGGCAGCUCCAGGCCUGGUAUUCCAGGGAAAGUGAUUGUGCUGCAUUGCUCCAUUAGAAAAACAUGGGGAAACCCCUUUUCCAUCAAACUCCUGUUCUUGUGCCUGAUCCAGCACAGGUUCUGGGACCCCAUCCAUCCCCUGAGCCCAUCCCACUGACUGACCAUCCCAAACAUCCCAAAAUCCCACAGGGAUCACAUCGCUCUUUCCAAAUCUCCCUUUGGCUUUCAGCAGCAAAGGAGACAAAACCCUUCCCCGGCAAACCUGGAUGAGCAAAGAGUGAACAAAAUUCUCAUUUUUUAACAUUUAUUUUUGCCAGUGAAAGCAAAAAUCCAGCACAUCUCAGUAGUCAGAUUUCGGAUGUUUCUGUGUUUUUAAUGGCACCAAUCCACUCCCUUUGUUUAUUCCUGGGGCUUAGGUGAUGGCAACUGGAUCAGCCUCAGGGAACUUAAUAAACCUGACUUUUCCUCCUGUGGAAGGGCUGAGCUGGCUCUGGCACUUAGGCUCCAGGGCCCCAGUUCCCAAGAUCCAUAGGAAACACUGUAAGUUUGGAGCCUUUCAACAGCCAAAUCUAAAGAAAAACUAAAGUGAAUCCAUGUUUCUCGUGCCUUGAAGCAGAAUUCCUCGUGAUGGGUGAGUGGUAAUGAUGGUGUGUGAGAGGGGUUAAAUAUAUCCUGGGAGGAAGGGAGAAGGAUGGGGCAAUGGGAACGUGAAUUUACUCAUCCUGUGGAAAAGUGUGCAGGAAAUGAGCUGGGCUUGGGCAUGGCAGUGUGGGCUGAGCUGGGCCUUGCCCUGACAGCCUGAUAAAAGGCAGGAAUGAGACUCGUGUGGUGCAGAGGAUUUCCCUGGAAAAGGCUGUUCUGGAGUCACUGCCAGGUCCCCAUAAAUGCUGUUGGUGUUGACGGGGCAGGAGCGGCUGACCCGCACUCCUCACAGGUUCUGGUGGGAUCUACCACCAUGUGUUGGUCCCAGCACAGGAUGAGCUUAUGGGGGGAAUGGGGUGGGCUGGGAAUGGACAGGGGAGGAUGGAAUGGGGAUGGAAGUGGAUGGGGACUGUGCAAAGAAGCCAUGCUACAAAAAGCCAAAGGAGACAGAGGAGUCCUGCAACUUUAUUUGAACCAAGGGAGAGAAGCCACUGGGACAGAAACCCGUGGGGGGGUCUCUGUCUCUUGGUUUUGGAGAGUGCAGUCUCUUUUUAUUCUAAACUCCCCAUGUAUGUUGUCCUCUUCCUUUCCCCACUGACUGAGGUACCAGGAAGGUACAGCUUUCCCAAACUACAUACCACACAUCCCCCCUUGAACAUGUGUCACCAUUUCCCCCUGAAGUUCAGAAGUGCAGGCUGACUGGGUUCUGCAGAUCCAUCAGAAGUUCAGACCGUUUGCAAUACACUUCCAUUUGUCCUAGUAUCCUGCAUUUCAGGAGCUCACUCUGGGUCAGGCUGCCUGGGCUCUGUAACAAACAUUAUUACCCAUUUAGAAGACAUUAACACCCAUUUCUGUGACAGUAGUGAAGAACCCCACACCCAUCUUUCCACAUCGAGUUUUUUAUGAAGACAUUAGUAGGACAAAAGCGGUUGGGAUGGGGAUAGAGGCAGUGUGGAUGGAGUCUCCUGGGGAGGAGAACAUCACCCUGGAAAUGGAGGGGGAUGGAGAUAGAGGCAGUAGAGAGCAGGAUGGGGUGGAUGAAUGGGGAUGGUGUGGCCAUGGAAGGCGAUAAAGGGGGAAGGAAGAGUAUGGGAUGGGGAUGAAUGCCCUCGGAGGUGGAUGGAAGGCAAUGGCAGUGGCAGUGACGAGGAUGAGGGAAAUGGAGGUGGCUGAGGGCGCUUGGACACAGAUCUGUGGGGCAAGAUCAUCUCACCUAUGACAUAGGUAGCAACUGGAGAUAGGUGGGGCUGUGUGAUCCCAGCGCCAAAAAGAAAAAAAAACCAAAAAAAAAAAAAAGCUACGUCUGCUUUUAAUAUAGGAAUUAGAGUGUUAGGAAGCUUUUCCCAAUUGUUUGGUCACAGCAGUGCUGAGGAACAGGGAGACCGUGGCCAAGUGAGGGAAGCACGUGGAAAAACCUUCGUGCUCACAGGGAUCCUUUCAGGAGCCUGAAGAGCUGCAGGAAAGAGCAAAAGAUAAAAAUUCACCAUCUCACGGAGUGCCGGGGCAAGGAGCCAUCGGGCACGGCCCCCGCCCCGUGUUCCUGCGGGGCUGUCGGAGGUGCCCGAACUCCACCGGGGCAGGGGAAGAGCCGGGGGAUGGGACGGGGCGGGGAUGAGGGAGAUGGAGGCGGCUGAGGGCGGGUCCGGGGCCGCUGGUGCCGCCCCGGCGCGGGCGGAUGUCGCGGCAGCGGAGCGGAGGCGGCAGCGGCCGCGUGGUGCGGGCCGGGCCCGGGGCAGGUGUCUGGUUGAACGUGGACUGUUCUGGCCAUCCCAGAUGUAUGAUCCAGAAUUUUUGGGCGUCCCCAUGGCUGCAGUUCUCUUUGGUGUCCGGUUGUGCAUGGGAUGUUCUGGCCAGCCCAGAUGCAUGAUCCAGCAUUUUUGAGAGUCCCCAUGGCUGCAGGUCCCAGUGUGCUAUGUCAGGUGUCUGGUUUUGCCUGGGCCGUUCUGGCCCGCCCAGGUGUAUGAUCCAGCAUUUUUGAGAGUCCCCAUGGCUGCAGGUCCUGGUGGUGUGUGUCAGGUUUCUGGUUGAGCAUGGGAUGUUCUGGCCAGCCCAGAUGGAUGAUCCAGCAUUUUUGAGAGUCCCCAUGGCUGCAGGUCCCAUUGUGCUGUGUCAGGUGUUUGGUUUAGCCUGGGCUGUUCUGGCCAUCCCAGAUGUAUGAUCCAGCAUUUUUGAGAGUCCCCAUGGCUGCAGGUCCUGGUGGUGUGUGUCAGGUGUCUGGUUUUGCCUGGGCCGUUCUGGCCCGCCCAGGUGUAUGAUCCAGCAUUUUUGAGAGUCCCCAUGGCUGCAGGUCCUGGUGGUGUGUGUCAGGUCUCCAGUUAAACCCAGGACAUUCCAGCCAGCCCCGAGCUGUGAUCCGGACACCUGAUCCUGGCUGGCCCUGGGGUUGGAUCCAGCUGCUCCCAGGUUCCUCUCAGGCUUCUGGAAAGACAGGACAUCCCUCCUGCGCCCUGUGACCCAACAGAAGAGGCUUCCCUAUAAACCUUGUCUGCAGCUUCCUGAGGAGCUGGGAAUGCACAGCACAGAGUGUCACCCACUCCUGAGGAGCUGGGAAUGCACAGCACAGGGUGUCACCCACUCCUGGGGAGCUGGGAAUGCACAGCACAGAGUGUCACCCACUCCUGAGGAGCUGGGAAUGCACAACGCAGAGUGUCACCCACUCCUGAGGAGCUGGGAAUGCACAGCACAGAGUGUCACCCUCUCCUGAGGAGCUGGGAAUGCACAGCAUAGGGUGUCACCCACUCCUGGGGAGCUGGGAAUGCACAGCACAGAGAGUCACCCACUCCUGGGGAGCUGCCAGCUGAGUCCCCAGGGCCUUGCUCUUAUACCAGGGACAAGCAGUGGGAUGGCUUAAAUCCCACUGAUUCUGGGAGCUCUUGGAUCCACCCUGUGCCCCUGGGAAGUUUUCUCUUGCAGUUAGCCCCACUUCAUUUUGGGUGUUUGUGCUUCAUGUGCACUCCACCCACACCUUGGAGUGCCUUGGGAUCCACCUACACCCCCAGGGACUCUGGGGAAGGUGACCUGAGCAAGAAAUGGGGAACAGGAGCUUGUGUGGGUGGGCCCAGAAAGCUGGGAGGGAUCUUGGGAAAGGGGUGAUGGUACAAGAGACCAGCAGAACCCUUCCAGGGAGAAAACAGCUUGGACCUUCCAUGGGGAAUUGGGCCCUGGCACCAGCACAUCAGGUGCAAGGGGGUGAAGGAAGCAGGUGGAGCUGCUCUUUUAUGGAUCCUGCUCCAUGGGAUCAGCGCUGUGGAAGAGCGACUGGGGAGGGUGCUCAGGGCCAGCACUGCUCCUUUGGGCUCCCUUUGUCCCCCUCCUGGGGUGGCAUUAGGAUUUGGAAGGGAUGUGGAGCCCAGCUCUACUUCAAGCCUGGCACAGCUGGGAAUUGUAGUGGGGGUGGUCAGACUUGGGAUCUCCUCCUCCAGCCCCAGCUUCUUCCAGGCCCCUGCAGCACCUCCCUGUCCUUUGCCAGCUGCUCCUCCUUGGCUUUCAGCACGUGGCACUGGAAUUUCAGCUCUGCCUUUCCCAGGGAUGGGCUGGGAGACCCCACUGUCCCCUGCCCUGUCCUGGGCAUUCUCAUAACAUCCCACAGUUUGAGAUCCUCAAACUCAGAUCCCAGCCCCCCUCACAUGGAGUUUGGGCUUCUCAAACUGGAGUUUUUGGGACCCUUGAACUCUUCUUGUGCCUGAGAGCUCAUUCACUGCCUGCCAGUUUCUGCUCCAAACAGGGAUUUCUUAUUUUUCAUUCCAGCUGCUCAGGGAGGAGCUGAGGCUGCAAAACGCCAAUCCCAGUCUGACCAGCAGGACUGGCACUGGUUUGGAGUAGGGAGUCAGUGGGUCAGUGAUCACAGCCCUCUGUUUUAUUGGUUAUAAAGGGGCUGGUUUUGUGCUUGAUGGUGGAUUUUGGGGGUCACACAUCAAUAAAACUGGAGGAUGUGUA